AUGUCUGCUCACCAGGGGAAGCCUUCCUUCGAAUUGCAGCACAGAUCACCUUCGAUGCCCAAUAUCAAUAGUCAAUAUCUCAGGAAUGGAGAGACACAAAUACCAGGAAGAAAUUUUAAUAGAAGUAAAUUAGACCAGGUAACAACUUUAGAUCCAAAUAAUGGUGAAGAUUUCGAGUUUGGUAAUAAAUCUAUGGAUAAUGAUGAUAAUGAUGAUGGUGAAGAAGAAGAAGAAGAACAGACAGACCAAGAACCAGAUCAAUUAUUAUCAAAUCAUUUAACAAUCCCUACAUCAGUUUCAAAUAAUCAACUAUCCCUUACUUCCUCAUUUGAUAGAUCCAAUCUUAGUGUUAUUGAUCUGUAUGGUGAUGGUGACAAUGGCUCUUUUGUUUCAAGUAAUGCUGAUGCUAUGAUCCAUAAUUCAAAUGAUGAUGAAAGUAAUAAACAUUCCAAUGAUAAUAAUAAAGAACUUGAUAAUAAUAAUAACAAUAAUAAUACCACACCAAAUACACACAAUGAUUUAGAAACUAUUCAAAGCUCAAGAAAAUCAGCUUCUAAAAUACGGCUUUCAAUUGAAGAAAGUCAAACAAAAAUUGCAUCAAAUCGUGAUAGAUAUGGGUUUAAAAAAAGGACAAAUUUUAUUAAUGAAGAUCAAUAUAAUGAAUGGUGGAUUGAUUAUUCUAAACAUUGUUCAAGACGUAAAAAAAAAUGGGAAUUAUUAUUUAAAAAAAAUGGUUUAGAUUUAAAUAAUGAUAAUCCAAUAAGAUUCCCUCCAAAAUCUGAAAAAUUAAAAAGAUAUAUAAGAAAAGGUAUACCUGCUGAAUGGAGAGGUAAUGCAUGGUGGUAUUUUGCAAAAGGUGAUGAAAAAUUAAAUAAUAAUAUUGGGUUAUAUGAUAAAUUAGUUGAAUCAACUAUAAAUUUACAUAAUAAAGAUUCAGAAAUUAUUGAAAGAGAUCUUAAUAGAACUUUCCCUGAUAAUAUUCAUUUUAGACCUGAUAUAACAGGUGUUGAUGCAACUAAAACUCCAGAAACUCCAUUAAUUCAAGCUCUUAGAAGAGUCCUUGUUGCUUUUGCAACUUAUCAACCUUCAAUUGGUUAUUGUCAAUCAUUAAAUUUUAUAGUUGGUUUAUUAUUAAUAUUUAUGGAUGAAGAAAAAGCAUUUUGGAUGUUAGUUAUAAUAACAUCAAAAUAUUUACCUGGAGUUCAUGAAAUAAAUUUAGAAGGUGUAAAUAUUGAUCAAGGUGUAUUAAUGUUGGCUAUAAAAGAAUAUUUACCAUCAAUUUGGAAUCAAAUUAUAAAUUUAAAUUUUGAUGAUUCAAUUAAUCCUGAAAAUUCAGAUUUUAUUGUUAAAUUACCUCCAAUUACAUUAUGUACAUCAAGUUGGUUUAUGAGUUCAUUUAUUGGAAUUUUACCAAUUGAAACUACACUAAGAGUUUGGGAUUGUUUUUUCUAUGAAGAUUCAAGUUUUCUUUUCAAAACUUCAUUAUCAAUUUUUAAAUUAUUAGAAACAAAAUUAUCUUCAAUUCAAGAUGAAAUGGAAAUUUUCCAAAUUAUUCAAAAUGGACCAAAAGAUAUAUUAGAUCCUUCAAUUUUAUUUGAUUUAAUUUUUAAAAAAAAAUUUGGUUUUAAUAAUUUAAAUCAAGAUGAUAUUAAUAGGUGUAGAAAAUAUGUUGCAGAAAGAAGACAAAAACAUAAAGAUACAAUUGAUGAUUCAAAUUUUAAUAGAGGUUUAUUAAAUGAAACUUUAUGGCAACCAGAUGUUUAUGGUUUUAAAAAAGGUUUACCAGGUGUUCAUUGGAAUAAAAAUUUAACAAGAAAAAUGAAAAAUAUUAGGAAGUCGAAAUAA